GAAAUGGACACUGCUGGUGUAUUUAUAGCCUCUGAGCACAAGCGAGCUCUGUAUCUUAAACACGGUAAGGAGCUCAGAUUCUCCAGAGUCGUGCAGCGCUUCACUGGCGUUUAUUCUAGACCGUGAAGGAAACCUGGAGGGGCUCAUCAGAUGAAAUUAUUCUGAACACAACCACCAGAAACUGAGACAGAGAGAGGAGAGAUGGAAAAACCAGUCCUGCAGACACAACCGUCCACCCUGCCGUUUUUCGACACGGCGCACGCCUUCAACCUGCUGCGGGGAAUCCAUGAACUGCGAGCAGAGCGGAAGUUUUUCGAUGUGACUUUGUGCGCCGAAGGCCGCGAGUUCCACUGUCACCGCACAGUUUUGGCCGCUGCCAGUACCUACUUCCGGGCGAUGUUCGCAGGCACUCUGAGGGAGAGUGCGAUGGACCGGGUCGUUCUACACGAGGUGUCGGCUGAGCUCGUGGGCCUGCUGGUGGACUUCUGCUACACGGGACGUGUCACCGUCACGCAGGAUAAUGUGGACGUCCUGUUAAAGACGGCCGACCUGUUUCAGUUCCCCUCGGUCAAAGAGGCCUGCUGUGCUUUUCUGGAGCAGCGGCUGGACGUUUCCAACUGCUUAGAGAUCCAGGACUUUGCAGAGGCCUACGCCUGCCGAGAGCUGGCGGCCAGCGCUCGCCGCUUUGUCCUCAAAAACAUAAUGGAGCUGGCGAAAGGGACGGACUUUGAGAGGUUGCCAUGGAAACGCCUCCUCGAGUUUGUGUCAGAUGAUGGGCUCUGCGUGGACAAGGAGGAGGCGGUUUAUCAGAUCGCAGUGCGCUGGGUGAAGGCUGACCUCCAGCGGAGGCUGCACUACUGGCCCGAACUCCUCCAGCAGGUCCGACUUCCCUUCGUCAGGAGGUUCUUCCUGCUGGCACACGUGGAGAGCGACCCCCUCGUCUACCUGUCACCCACCUGCCUCCGCAUGGUGAACGAAGCGCGUAGCUUCCAGUCAUGUGAGUACGACCGCCACGACAGGCCCUGCCACCGAAUGCGGCCACGGCCGUCCACGGGACUGGCAGAAAUCCUGGUGGUGGUGGGAGGCUGCGACCAGGACUGUGACGAGCUGGUCACAGUGGACUGUUACAACCCGCAGACCGGACAGUGGCGCUACCUGGCUGAGUUCCCCGACCACCUCGGAGGGGGCUACAGCAUCGCUGCCCUCGGAAACGACAUGUAUGUUACAGGUGGCUCUGAUGGCUCUCGCCUCUAUGACGGCGUGUGGCGCUACAAGUCCAGCGUCAACGAGUGGACUGAGGCGGCGCCGAUGCUGAAGGCCCGCGAGUACCACAGCUCCUGUGUGAUGAAAGGUCAGCUCUACGUGGUGGCGUCGGACAGCACGGAGCGCUACGAUCAGGCUCUGGACUGCUGGGAGGCCUUACCGCCCAUGCUGCACGCCAUGGACAACUGCUCCACCACCACCUGCAACGGACGCCUGUACGCCAUCGGCUCUCUGACUGGGGAGGACACCAUGGCCAUCCAGAGCUACGACGCAGACAUAAACCGCUGGGCUUUGGUCAGCUGUGGACAGCUGCCUCCGUGGUCCUUCACUCCGAAAACGGUGACGCUCAAAAGCCUCAUUUACUUCAUCAGGGAUGACUCAGCCGAGGUUGAUGUUUAUAAUCCUCAAAAGAACGAGUGGGACAAAAUUAGUCCGAUGACCCAGGUCCACGUUGGAGGCAGUGUGGCAGCGCUGGGUGGUAAAUUAUACGUGUCCGGUGGUUAUGACAACACGUUUGAGCUGUCCGAUGUGGUGGAAGCGUACGACCCGACCACCCGCUCAUGGUCUCUCGCCGGACGACUACCUCAGCCGACCUUCUGGCACGGCAGCGUCAGCAUAUUCCGCCAGUUCAUGCCCCAGGUGUCGAGUGCAUUUGAAGCCACUGACAUACCCGAGUCAAACGCCAUCCACUUGCACCGACACCUGCGUCACCAGGCGCUCCACAAUCUCAACAACAAUCUCAACCAAAACCAGAACCAGGACGUGAACGCAGCGCACUGAGUUCGGACCUGGAAACCCGCUGUUAGAUUUUCAGUUUGAUCUCCGUCAUUGAAGCAGAAAAAAAACUAAAAGGCCUGGUGUCUCUUAGUCCUGUUUGUCUCUCUGUGUGGGAGACGUAGGAAAGUUUCCGGAAGCCGCUACCUUCGAUUUGAAGGUGCGGAAGUUUAUCAAGCCAAACCGUUAGUCCUCAGGGUCAGGGCGUAUUGUCCGACCACGCUGGAUGAAGUCAAAAAUGUUUUAAGUUGUCCUGAACUUUAAGGUGGGAGUAAGAAGCUGGCCUUCGAAAGGUGGGGAGACGUGAUAUUUAAAUUUGGGGAUGAGAGUUCCCAUUUUCAGACAGGUUCUCCCUGAAGGCAUUCAUAGUGUUGCACUUAUUAGUUGACCUGAAAAGUGACAGAAAUAGUUGUGUAAAGAAUCAAGAGCGUGCGAGGGAGAGAAGGUCAAACUGCUUCCUCUCACCUCCGGCUGCAUAAUCAAGACGUGAAGUGAGCGUGAAUGUCAGUUUUGGAAAGUGUCCGAAACGGUCAGAAGCGUACCGGCAGCUUCAUCCUGAAGCCCUUUUCUCUUGAAACACCAAAAUAUUGUUUUUAGAAACACUUUCAAUGCAGUGUAAAAAUUAUUUGUGUUGUUUCUUCAAGUAUAUUUGGAGAUUUAUUAAAUACUUGAAGAUGAGUAUUCAAUUCUAUGAAGCUGUAAAUGUGCAAAAAAGUUCCUCUUUAAAUGUAAGUUUUGGUGUUUCAGGAGAAAAGACUUCAAGUUUGCAGCCGAACUGGUUAACUUCCACGAGGUGUUUCUGUGUGUGGACAUCUCUGUCAGCAGUGAGGUACUGUGGGUUGUUUUUUUUACACGGUGGUCAACGUCUGUCAGGAGUUUUGCUGCGUAUGUGGAAAAAAAGUAGUAUGAAUCUCCAGAGGAAGCUUUGCAAAAUUUGAGUCGGCGUCGGCUGAGUCUGAAGACUGCAAGUCUGAAAAUGAAAAAAAACAGUGUGGGUGUAUGAAGUUACAAAGAAUCGUUUCACCGCGCCUCUGCAGCUCACUCAUCUCUGCUUGAGGCUACAUGAGCUGCUACAAGCCGAACACAUCCAAAUCUCUGACCAAACUGUUGGAGGUUGAGAUGCAUUGUGGGUAAAGUAGAUGUGAGGUUUUGGCGAGGAAGAAAAAGUUAAAUAAAAAAGACAAUAUUUUUGGCUCUGCUUAAUCAGUUUUGAUUCUUAAAGAAAAACACCUGCCCAUCAUGAGUCUGUCUGUGCUGCAGGAGUACAGUGCUGUUUUCUCUAAAUAAAUGCAGGCCAAGAGACGCAGCGCAUCAGCCAAAUGCGACCUUGAAACUAUCGUCUGACGCUGAUUUAAAUUUUCGGUAGCUCUUAAAAAUUCAUAUGCCUUCAUAUGAAAUAUCUGUUUCAACGAGGAAGUUAAAAUCACUCUGCAGGGUUUCUCACACAUUUAUUUAUUUGUGGUGGCCCGCCACAAUUACAACAUCUGUCACCACACAUGUAAUUAUAUUUUUGGAGCUAGAGCGUUCAUUGGGAGCACUUCUGAAAUGUUUAUACAUUUCAGUCAUGCAUUGCAUCACACUCUGACUGCAGAGUGUACUCUGGGCACAGACGGAGCAGCAGGAUGUCAGACAGUGAAAGUGAAACUUAAAUGUUUAGUUCUGCUGGGUCUAAAAUUUGCUUUCACUUUCUGCAGUUGCUGCUCUCAUCCAGAGCAAUAAUCCACCCUGUGAGUCACAAACUGCCGCUGAGCCGCUGCGUUCAUGUGUACGAUUUCACGUUUACACGGCACGGUUAUGCAUGAAACCUUAAACUUUUGUUGCGGUUUGACUUUUUCUUCAUACGACGACAGCAUUUUGGGGGGCUUAAAAUGAAAAAACUUUUGAAACCAGGUUCCAUUUUUUUUAUACGCAAAGAAAAGAUUUUUUAUUAUCAUCUAAACCUGGCCUUAGAGAGGGGGACACAGAAUGUUAAAAAAGGGACACAUAAUCAAGAUAUCCUUAAAUACUGACCGUUGAACCAGAGAUUUUAUCACUGUCAGACCAAUAGCUGACAGGCUCGGCGAUUGGUACGAUGCUAAAUCAGUUAAGUCCUCUUCACAGUUUGUAGUCCAGAGCCAAAUCCUUGUUCUGAAUCAGCAGUAAUCUGUUUACAUUCCAAAAACGACGACAAUCACAAUUGAUAUCCAGCACUAAACAGACACUUGGCUUUAUAGGAACGGGUGAAAUACCUUUUAGUCGAAGGUGUGCUGAGUAUUUUCUGUCAUCGGAAGAGGAUUUCAGGAUGGUUGCAUGUGACUUUAACUUUAUACUGUUUUGCUCGUGAUAAUUAGGCGUCUCCGUGUGUCACUCCUGACCCUUAAACACGGCUUUAUCAGUCUUUAUAACCACCAGUCGAAUGUGCAUGAAGAAUUUUCUUUAAAAACUGUAUUUACGGAUUUUUUGUAUGUUUAUUUAUGGUUAUAUAUUUGUGCUGUGGUUGCUUAAGAUGUCUGCGCCCGUCAUUUUCAACAACAAAAGUCACGCGAAAUGUUGUCGAUGGGUCGCCAGUAACUGGAAGUGCAAAAGCAUCUCACUUUAUUACCGUGUAUUUUAGCUUUAUGUUUUUAUGGUGAUGUUGAAGCAUCUUUUUCUUAGUUUUCAUACAGGUUUGUGAUGUUGAAUCGGUUUUGUAAAUACAGUAUAUUCUUCUCCUCGUGUACUGUGUUUGUAUAAUGUUUACAGUGUGGUUACCAUAAAUUAAACUGCAGGCAGAGAGUUUAUUCUGCAGUCACAUUUGACGAGAUGUUAGCAGGUUGCUCAUAUUUUCUUAUAAACAGUGGACAGUAGUGGCGGCAGAGUGGAAAAAAGAGUUUUAAAAAUGGAAAGAGUGACUAAUGCGUUCACUUAUAAAGCUGUAUAUUUGAACAUGAAA